AACAACACCCCAACCACCAACAUUUCCCCUUCACCACCUCCAGUUGCUCCAUCACCAGCCAUCCGCCUUUGCUAGUGUAGUGCACUGCAGUAAAACCACCAUGGCUCCCACGAGCAGUAGCCGUAGGUCUGUUUGCUUUUCCUCCUCGCUUCUCCAGUUUUUCUGUCGCUAUUCUCGUAUGCGAGAACCCUUCACAUUCAUCUUGGUAUACGAUCGACAUUGAUAUCCACCAUCCAUCCAUCCAUCCGUGUAUCAGUUGUUGUUGCGUCUGGCUGGCAUCGUCGCUGCCCUUGUCCCCGCGGGCAUCACAUCAUCCUCAACCGGCACCUCGUCCACAAGACAACCUGCUGCCGCGCUCGUCCAGUGUCGAGAUGCGCCCUUCCGCUCCCCUCCCUCUGCUGCUGUCCGUCUCCACGGCCGCCAACGCGAUCCCCCUCCUCGAUCGUCUGCUUCACCUCCGGGCUGAUGCGAAACCCACAAAGACAUACUUGGUGGUCAACGUCGAGGGAAGUCCCAGCACCGAUGCUCCUCAGGUCGUUACCGUCACCCAGUCUCCAGUCAAGACUACCGUGACGGAAAGGGUCACCGACACCGCCAUCAUCACCUCUCCGGCAGCCCACACAACCGAGACGGCCCAGACAACAUCAACCUCCACCUCACUCGUCGUCGUCAACGUCGACGCCACCACCGAUGGAGGGUCAACGACGACCAUCACCGUUUACCCAACUGUGACGCCUACUUCUGAGUCGACCCCUCAACUGUCCACGACAACUUCGACUCCACCACCGAGCUCUGCCGAGCCUGAACCGUCUUCAUCGCCUUUGUCAGAAAUUCCCACGUCUCAACAGCCCAUCAGAUCAUCUACUGCCAGCACGUCCGUCCCAUUGGUUUCUUCGGGCCCUUCGUCGAGCAUAGUAUCCUCCUCAAUUCCUCAUGUUGUGGUGCCGCCUCCGUCGACAGAGACAUCAGCCCCCCCGAGCACAUCGUCAUCACCACCCGCGAGCCCUUGGACAUCUGCGGUCGAGCCUCCGCCGCCGUUUUCGUCGUCGAUCGAGACUCAGGUGGUACCGAGCUCAUCCUCAUCGGCGUCUGCUGUCACCUCCACUGCCAUCAUCCAACCCCCUCCAUCGACUGAGGUGCCGGGCUCAUCCUCUGUUGUCGGUACUGCCAUCAUUCAGCCCCCUCCAUCAACAGAGAGUCCAGCAACUCAGGAGGUGCCGAGCUCAUCCUCUGCGGUCAGCACUGCCAUCAUCCCGCCCCCUCCAUCGACUGAGAGUCCAGCGAGUCCCAGUGCUUCCCAUUCACCGUCUACCAGUCCUUCCACGGUCGUGGCAGAGCCGCUGCCCUCAACUUGGAUAUCCGCGGCACCACCCGUAUCUUCCUCUGUUGCCGUCAACCUUCCCACGUCCGCGAUCGAGGAUCCCCAGUCGACAGGCAUCUGGGUGGUUCCAAGCGAGCCGGCAUCAUCAGUUUCAGUCGAGCCAUCCACGGCCAUCGUUGCGCCUCCCCCGCCAACGCCUACCGUUAUCUUGCCCACUUCCUACGCCGCUCCGCCCCCGGAGCCGUCAUCCACCUCCUCGGCAAACACUACUUCGUCAUCGACCUGGACCUCGAGCUCGACAUCCACUCUGCUCACCAGCACCACGGAGGCUUACACCCAGGCUUAUGAGACCGCUUACCAGCCCACGUCUGCGUAUGGACCCAGCUCCAUUCCUCAGCCUUCGACGUUUGUCACCAGCGUCGUCCCUUUCACUUCGCCAUCCCCUGUCUCGACUUCUUCCCAGAGCUACGACGACGGAUACUGGCACACUAGCAAAUACCCCGAGUGGACCGGCGCCGCCAGUGCGACGCCUCGCUACCGCCGGUGAAGAUUUGCAUUUUUGAAUAGCACGACUCACAAAACGACGAUUGACGUGUCCUAUGUACCAUGUUGCGUGUUUCGUUUUCCUACAGAAUGCCCCCAGUGGCGUGAUUUUGGCCAUGAACUGAACAACGUCUUGUUUUGCGUCUUUGGAAGCGGCAUGUACUCAUGAGAUCUGAGAAAUGACGGGUCGUCAGCUGGUGCGAAACAAAACGUCGUGUCGGACCGUGGAAGGGGCUCACAGCAGCACAAACCAAGAGCUGGAACGCGCUGUCUUCAUUGGGUUUCCUAAUGUUUAAUUAGAUAGAAUGUAGAUAGAUA